CAACAGCUGGCUGUCCAGACUCCUUGAUUAAAGAGCUUCAUCACUUCAGAGUUCUGGGAGAAGAACAGUACAACCGCUACCAGCGCUAUGGUGCAGAAGAGUGUGUGCUGCAGAUGGGUGGAGUGCUGUGUCCUACCCCAGGAUGUGGUGCUGGCCUGCUUCCUGAACCAGAAGUGAGAAAAAUAGUAUGUGAGCCAAGCAAUGGACUGGGCUGUGGGUUCGUGUUCUGCCGUGAAUGUAAAGAAGAAUACCAUGAUGGGGAAUGCAGCACUCUCGUCAGUUCACAGGAAGCCAUAGCCCAGAAGGGAUAUGUGAUUGAUGAGCAUGCAGCCAUGCAAGCACGAUGGGAAGAGGCAUCCAGAGAAACAAUCAAGAAAACAACCAAACCAUGUCCUAGUUGCCAUGUACCAGUAGAAAAAAAUGGUGGAUGCAUGCACAUGAAAUGUCCCCAAGCUCAAUGCAGAUUUGAAUGGUGCUGGAACUGUGGUUUGGAAUGGAACAGGACCUGCAUGGGAGACCACUGGUUUGACUAAUAGUUCAGUAGUGCUAAGAACAGCCAACCACUUGAUUGUUGUCUGGGUCAAAUCCUGAACUUAUUGCUUAGGUAUAACUCCCAUUGGCUUCUGGAUCAAGAAGUUCAGAAUCAGGCCUACUGUUUGUUUGUUUAUUUCCUUGUAUAUCAGAGCACACUAAAAAUUAAGCUAAGGUAAUCUUAAGAGUUUUAAACCCACAAAGGCAGGAGAAAUUCAGGCGGCCAGACUCACUAGUGCUGGCACAGGAGAGGUAAAUUACAUCUCCCUGCACCAGGGCACCCUACUGGUAUAUAGGGCAGGCAACGUCACCACCAGCAACUCUCCUUGGGUUUCUGUUCUUUCAGUUAUGAUCAGGGCUCCAUAAAUCUCACUGGCAAAAGCAGCAAUGGGGGUAUGCACUGAAUCAGAGCUGCCCUUUCUCAGUUAGCACAAUCCAAUUUGGGGGAAAUUCUGGCUCUUUACAUCUCCCCUAGUGGAAGGGAGACUGUGGCAAUUUUCUGCCUUUGCAGUCUUCUUCCCUGACAGAUUAUCAGCUGGGGCCCUGACUCUGACCCAGAGUCUUAGUAGAAACAGCAGACUUAGACAUCCUAGUUGUGCCUGUAUAUUUGAAACAUAUGUUAUGAAAAAUCACUCAAUAUAUUCCGUACAGAUUCAUAUCAUAUGCAGCUUUUACAGGAUUAGUAAAAGAUGCAGUUUCAGCCUUAACUCUGAAUGUAUUUGCUGUGGUGGCUGCAAGUCAGAGUAACGGUGUUAUAUGAGCGAGAUUCCUGAGAUUUUGUUUCUUUUGUUUUGCUUACCGCAAUAUUUUUGGCAUGAUAUUGGGGCAACUUCUUGGGGCUUAUUAUCACAAUGGUGGUUCUGUGGAGAUUUAUUAGGAUUUGGGUGUAAUUAUGAAAAUGUGUUCACUGCAUAAACAUUCAAGGCACCUGCAUUCAGUUUGGUGAGUGCAUGUUAAUAGGCGUGCACCAGGUAUUUGCCACACCUCAAAAUCUGAACAUCCUUCCUAUCUCACCUGCUUUAAACUGUUUUGGUUUGUGGUUUUUUUUAAAUACCAAAAGGCCGGUCAUAGGCUAUGUAAAGAUUUGCACAGCUCAAAUUACAAAAGAAGAAUAAAGCAGUUGAAAUGA